UUCUCGAAAACAAAGGCAUGUCCAAUCUUGUUGGAUCUGUAGAUAGUUCCAGAUGGCGGUUGUAAAGUUGAGAUAGUUACGAAUAAAAUUGGAGGCAAAACCUGUGUACGAAUUCUCCGGCAAAUUGUAACUGACUAAACAUAAGUAAAAAUACAGUUUAAAUAAAUUUUAUACAUAUUUUGAUCGAAAAUGGUUCAUAAGGAUGGCAAGUCCGUGAUUGAGGAGUCAGAAAACGAAAAACCACAAGUAUUUGAAAGAAAGCAAGCUCAGUACAAAGAUCUUUCCAAGAAAUUUGUGAAUACAGUAAACGAUUAUUCUAAACAAUUCGCACACAUAUAUUCUAUUAGACUUGCUGAGUUGAGGAAUAUUUUAAUUCCACGUGUUAAAGCAAAAUGGGGAAAUAUUCCUAUUGUAAGAUUGGCUGACUUAGGAAAUGUAGAAGGUCAAAAAUGUAUAAUAAUUGGUACACUUUAUAAACACCAACAAGGAAAACCAUCAAUUUUACGUGAACUUAGCGAAAAUCAUCAACUUACCAACCCUUGUUCUAAAUCAGAUUAUUGUUCAGACAAAGAUCAACCCUUCCUAGAAGAUGAAAUGUUGCGUAUUAGACUUAUAGGCCCAAACGUUGACUUAAAAGAAAUUGUUACUGGAGUUGUUUGUGCUAUAUUGGGUAAUGAAAACAAUGACGGAACAUUUACGGUGAAGGAUUGGUGUCCUCCUGGCUGUGCUCCAAAAAAAUCUUUAAAAACCUAUACAUCAGAAGGCAAACUAAUAAUUGUAUCUGGAUUAGAUCUAUCUGCAAAUAGUAAAAGCUUAGAAAUAAAUCUUUUUACUGAAUGGUUGUGCGGAAUGGCAGGUAAUAGAGUAGUACAAAAAGAUAACGCUUCUAUUGUACGUCUCAUUAUAGCAGGUAAACUAUCUCUGGAUAAAGUAUGUACAGAAACAUCAACAAAAUUUCAUAUCAUUGAUGCUUUAAUUUCGUCGAUAGGUAACACCAUAAAAAGAAAUGAUACAGUAAAUUCAGCAACAAAUACGCUAGCUAAAGAAAUUGGAGAAGCAAUAAAAACUACAGAUGCAUUUUUGAACACUUUGGCAAUGUGUUGUCAUAUAACUUUAAUGCCGGGAGAGUAUGAUCCUACUAAUGCCAUGUUACCUCAAAAACCGUUACAUCCUUGUCUGUUACCUAAAUCAUCUAGACUUGAAAGUUUUACAAGUAGCACAAACCCAUGGAUUGGUAAAAUUGAGGAACGUAUAGUAAUGGGUACCAGUGGUCAAUCAAUCAAGGAUAUUAUCAAAGCAACAGGUGAAACUGGUAUUUCACCUAUCGAAUGGUUGGAGAGAACAUUAUUAUGGAGGCACAUGUGUCCAACUGCACCGGACACAUUAUUAGCCUGCCCGUAUUAUAAGGAAGAUUUGUUUAUUAUGAAAGAAUGCCCAGAUGUGUAUUUUGUUGGUAACACAGACAAGUUUGAAACGAAACUUUUGAAAGGUGAUGAAAACCAAAUGAUGAGACUAAUAUCUAUUCCGUGUUUUAGUACUACUCAUACUGCUGUGAUAGUAAAUUUACAAAAUUUAGAUACAAAAUAUAUCUGUUUCGGGUAAUAUUUUUAUACAAUAUCAGGUUUUUCAUUUCAAUUUAUAU